CCCGGCCAGUCUUUCAUGAGCCUAUCUCUACGAGAAGCCUUCGUCGACACAGCAUCAACGUGCUGGUAGUCUCUUGAGACAGUCGAGGACUAGAGUAGGGCUCGGCACAUGACGUGGCUUGGCGCCUCGCCGCCUCCUGCCGACCUCCCUGACCUCGCCCAGCACGGAUUACAGCAUCGCUCACCGUCCACUCACCACUGUUUCCCCCCCAAUUUCGACCGCCUGGCUGUUUCUGGCUCAGGAAUGCUACGGGUGGUGGUUGUUUGAUCUAUUUGAUAUUUCCAACCGGCCUCAGCGUCUCCGUGAUUCUGUUCUUUCUCCUUACGUCAACCCCGCAUUUCCUACAGCUCAGCGCUGCCUGGUAGCUCACGAUGGCGUCCCAAACACCCGCUGUUGUCAUGGACAACGGUACCGGUUAUUCGAAACUCGGAUUCGCCGGCAACGACUCUCCCUCCUUUGUGUUUCCCACUGCAAUUGCAACCAAGGCGGCUGGCGGUGGGGCGGCCUCAGCUUCUGGCCGCCCAGCUGUUGCCAACAAGCCGUCUUUCCUGGCCGGAGGCGGCGGAGCGAGUUCACACCUCUCUGCGAAACGGGGGACGGAAGAUCUGGACUUCUUCAUCGGCGAUGAGGCCCUUGCGGCCGGCAAUGGCCCGGGAUACUCUGUCCACUACCCGAUCCGUCACGGGCAGAUCGAGAAUUGGGACCACAUGGAGCGAUUCUGGUCGAACUCGAUCUUCAAAUACCUGCGUGUCGAGCCCGAGGACCACUACUUUUUGCUCACCGAACCGCCUCUGAACCCCCCGGAGAACCGUGAGAAUACCGCCGAGAUCAUGUUCGAGUCGUUCAACUGCGCCGGUUUGUACAUCGCGGUGCAGGCCGUUCUUGCUCUUGCUGCUUCCUGGACCUCCUCCAAAGUGACUGACCGGUCUCUGACCGGAACGGUCAUCGAUUCUGGGGACGGUGUCACCCACGUUAUCCCCGUGGCGGAGGGCUACGUCAUUGGAUCCUCGAUCAAGAGUAUACCCAUUGCGGGUCGCGACAUCACCUAUUUCGUGCAGAGUCUGCUUCGCGACCGCGGUGAACCGGAUAGCAGCCUGAAGACCGCCGAGAAGGUGAAGGAGGAGUACUGCUAUGUCUGCCCCGAUAUCGUCAAGGAAUUCGCUCGCUACGACCGGGAGCCCGACCGCUUCCUGAAGCAUACCGUGACCUCCCCCAACGGCCGGAGUGUGAGCAUCGACAUUGGCUACGAACGGUUUUUGGCCCCGGAGAUCUUCUUCAACCCCGAGAUCUAUUCGUCCGACUUCUUGACCCCGCUGCCUGUCGUCGUCGACGGGGUGAUCCAGUCCUCCCCCAUCGACGUCCGGAGAGGGCUCUACAAGAACAUUGUCCUAUCCGGCGGCUCCACCCUGUACAAGGAUUUCGGCCGCCGGCUGCAGCGUGAUAUCCGCCACCUGGUGGAUGCCCGCAUUCGUGCAUCCGAGGCCCGCAGCGGUGGUGCCCGCAGCGGCGGCUUGGAUGUCGCGGUCGUCACGCACAAGCGGCAGAGACACGGCCCGUGGUUCGGCGGCAGCUUGCUGGGCCAGACUCCCGAGUUCCGCAGCUACUGCCAUACCAAGGCCGAGUACGAUGAGAUCGGCCCCAGCAUUGUUCGGAGAUUUGCCUUGCUUGGCGGGCCUGGCAGCUCUUAAAUACUGUUUGCGUGUCUAUUCAAUCCACGGCCUCUUUUACUGUUACUGUAGAUAGUUUUAAGUGACAAAUCAA